UUGGUCGCAUUCAGCAGAAAAAUUGCUCCGCUACCGUUCCGUAGCAAACGUCUCUGAUUGGUACGUCUGUUCGGACCUGCCAAAGAUUUUAAAAAAUUCUCCAAUCAUGAACAUUUGCUACUGAGUAGUAGCGGAGCAGUUUUCUCCACUGAACGUGACCAUUGUUUCAAGUGCGACUGUCGUUACAUGACGUAUAAUAGAAAGUCAAUGCAUAAUGUUUUGCUCGGGACGUAUAUUUGCUGCAAAACGAGAUUCGCCCAAAAAAAUACAAAUGGAACGACCAAAACGAAUAGUGGGUAAACCAUCACGCUACGAAACCACAUCGUCGGACGAAGUCCCGAAACGCACAAAGAUAGGAACAGCAAAAAUACUUAAUACAAACAUUAAUGACGACAUAGAUGAUAUUCGAAGGACUCUGGAAAGUAAUGCACAAAGUAAUAAUAAUGAACAUUUUGACAAUUCUUUGACACACACAUACGUUGAACCACACACGCCCGUAAUACCGCACAUGUACACACAACCAAACACAAGUAAUAUAACGUAUCCAUGCACGUUUCCCAAUAUUCGUGCCGUAAGCGUAUCACAACCAGUAUUAUCUGCAUAUGAUAUACCACAGGCAGAAUGUAACAAUAACAAAAUUUAUAUUGAGUUGGAAAAGAGAAGAAUAUAUAACAUGCAGCCUAAUGCACAGAACGAACAACCGCCGCAGAAUCAGACUAACUCAGAUAUUAACGUGCAGAGCAUUGAGCAGACUGACAAUGGGUUAAUAAAGGAACGUUUAUGUUGUAUAGAAGCUGAGUUAAAAAAGAUGAAUGCUACACUCGAAAAGAUAAUGAAAUUCAUACAAAAAUCACAAUCAGCAUCGCGUAAGCCUACUAGUUUUCCAAUAUCAACGUUGGCUGACAUGGACAAAUUCGAAGAUGUCGAUGACGAAGAGUAUUCUAAUGCGGCAAGUGACAAUAAAAACAACUUUUUAUUGUAUACAGGCUAUAUUUUAUGGAUCGCCCACAAAGUAUACAGCCAUUACCCUUAA